AUGGAGGAGCCUCCAACGUGCAUUGUGGAACACCCAGGAUUCCAGGCAGUUUGCCUAAUCACUGGGUGUUACAAGCUGCAUGGCAAUACAAGCAGCAGUAUGGUGCCUCGGCAUAUGAAGAAUCAGAUAAAAAAAAGCAGGCACAUUGCCUAUAGGCAAUUGGUAAGGUGAUACUGGGGCUCCCUUAGCAGGGACAUAGGAGUUACAUUACUGUCCUUGAUUCCUGUGCAGUUAAGUGCAUACGACCUCAUUUCCCGGAGCCUGAAAGGUUGGAGGAUGAGAUGGAGUUCACAGGAUUCCAUUGUGCAGAUGAAUAAAUAUAUGACAUAUUGCAAAUAGCCCUACUGUAUAUAAAAUACAGUGCAAUUUUCCUACUCACCACUGGAAGACUGGGCUAGAGCAACUUUGUUGCCAUUGAAAUGGUUGCUACCCAGCAAACAAAAUGCUUCUAACACAAAUAUGCAGCAUGGAUAUGUCAAUAAUAAUUGUUAGAACUAAAAAAUCUAUAAGACAGGUGUGAUUGUUGACUGGGAAAAAAUGUACAAGUUGAAACUUUAUUUCUUAAUAAUAAAAUGAUAUUUUAUUGUUCAUUGCUGUAUUUCUUUAGGUUGAAAUGGGAAAUCCUCAUUUUUAAAUUACAAUUCACAGAUGGAUUGUUUACAUCUUGCAUAUUUUAAUUGAUAAGGCAAUAAUAAUAAAGAAAACCGGUCACACUUUAAGUGGACCAUACGGUGUAUGGUCAUCUAAGUCACUAUUUGCAGUAGUGACCUAGCUUAGCCUAAGCUUCAAAGAAUCAAAACAUUGCAGGGCGUAGUCCUUCUUUAGUUGACUAGGCUGGAAAGAUUUUAUCUGCUAACGAAAGAACCCAUUGCCUCAUCUCUGUUGGGCCUCUCUAUGGAUGCAGCAAGUAGUGCAGGAGCAUUCAGUUGCAGGUUCAACAUGUAGUUUUUUAAAGCCCUUGAAUUUUCUUACUAGGCAGCAAUGACUUUCGGUUUUGGUGCUUGAGCCAUAACCUUCAAUAAAAAGGUUCAUACUGCAGGAGUCAACCUUGUCUCGUUCUUUCUUCUUUUUCGCUCCCGUUAUCGCUUUUUUCUCCUUGGAAUUUUCUAUGAGUACCGCGUCGGGGAUUUAAAAACGGGUUAAUAAUUUCUUUUUUCCUUUCUUGUGAGAAGUCCCAAAGGGAAGUAUUGCAAAAGAAGCGUGAUACGCGUGGUAUCACGGCAGUUUUAUAGUGUUUGCGGGUAG